GCAGACUGACCAACUAGCUUCAGCGGAUUUGACAACAACAGGCAGAACUGGCUCCUGAGUCCUAACCCAGGAAUGGCCCUCACUGGACCAACUACCAGGGCUCCAGUCUGCUUGCUGCUGGUUCUCUUGUAUCUUCGCACAGUCACAGGAAUGUCAGGCUGGGGUGGAUGUUUGGACGGCCAGAAUGUAUCUGCAGCAAUCAAAGAAAACACAGUUUGGGGAGAGAUUGUUGCUGAGUUAAUGGCUGACACCACAAUGGAGGGAGUGCAGUGGAGCCUAAUUGGAAAGGAUGCACAUUGGUUUUUCUUGGAUGGAAGCAACAUCCGGCUCAACACGUCAGCUGACCGGGUGCUUGACAGAGAGGCACUGGGACCCAUCCUAAUAGCUGAAUUGACAUGUCAUGAGGACGGCAUCCUUCUGAGUGUUUACAGCGUCCUGGUGAAGAUUCUUAAUGAGAAUGAUAAUUCACCUGUGUUUGCAGAAAACACAGUCCAGACUCUUAUUAUCAGUGAGCUGACUGCAGUGAAUACUGUGGUAUUUACUGUCCAGGCCACAGAUGCCGAUAAUGACAACAUCAUUUACUCAAUUGACCAGGCAUCCCCUGAUGCUGAAUAUUUCAAAAUUGAUCUACCAAACAGUGGAGAGGUGGUGCUGGCCAAGCCUCUAGACUAUGAGACCAAAACUGUGCUUACUGUCACCAUCUAUGCCUCAGAAAUGAACACUGCUGAGCACUACAAUAUCAGCACCAGUACCACCAUCACUGUCCAAGAUGGAGAUGACCAAUACCCACAGUUCCUGCCCUGCACGUGGCUUUUCCAGGAGACUAAUCAAAUCUGCACCAGCCCUGUGUACACGGUCAACGUCACUGAGGGGGAAGAGGACAUUUUGUUGGACUUUUCUCCUGGUCCCAUUCAUGCAGUGGAUGGAGACAGAGGACUCAACUCUUCACUGAGUUACACCAUCCUGUCAGGAGAUGAUGAUGAACAUUUCACGAUGGACAGGCUGACAGGUGAGACGAGGCUCACUCGAGGAGUGAGAGACAGGCUCAUAACUCCACUGCUGUGUCUUCGGGUCAUGGCAUAUCAGGAUAACGACCCCAGGAAGUAUUCUGUUGCUACAGUGUUGGUCCAAGUUCUGGCAGCGAACCAGUUUCCUCCAGAGUUUGACAAGCCUGAAUAUCGUGGCUUUGUAGUGGCAGGAAAAAGUCCAGCCUCUCUGGUCGACACUUACGGUAGCAAAGCACUAGUGCUACAUGUACACGACCAAGAUUUUAACCAAGGUUUCAAUCCAAUGAUCUACUUCACCUUCAAUCCCACAUCCAAUCACACAGACAUCUAUCAAGUCACACAGGAGGGACUCCUGAUAGCCAAGACCAGUGAACUCAAACCAGAACAGGAAUAUGUUCUGGAGGUUAUGGCUGUAGAUCAGGAAUCAGGUGAUGCCACGUUUGCUACCGUAGUUGUGCAGGUGUUACCUGAAGGGCAACCAAUCCCCUAUGGUCCACUGCGAGGUGAUCACGUGAUCGGCUGCACAGUGGGCAAAGCGUUGUUUCUGAGCAUGGUGUUUAUGACUGCACUUGGAUGUGUCCUGUCUAUACUGAUGUGGCUGAAGAAGAAACAGAAGGGAAAGAGAGGCCCAUUGGAGAGAGGCUGUGUAGCACAAGGCAAACAUCCCAAUGUCAGCUUACGGUGGUUCCAGCAGAUGAGUCAUCAUAAUACUAUGCCACACACGGAGGAAGUACCCUACAGCAGUGAAGAAUAUGGAACUUACAAUCCUUCCUUCAGCUUUACUGAAAACUCAGGAAUCUACAUCCAACAAGGAUGUACCCCCUGUCAAGAACCGACCCCACCCACAGAUACAGCUGUACCUGACACCAGCUCCAUCCCCACUGAAACUGUAACCUUCGACAAUAAUGUUUCUACACCAACCAACAUAUCUUGCAUUUCGCCCACUUUUACAGCCCCUGCAAAUGUGAGCCCAACAGAUAAAACUCAGGGUGCUGCUCCACCCAACGAAACCCCCGCUAUCCCACCAGAAUCAAACUCGGAGUCUAUUGAGGAACAAUCUAACAUCAGCCCAAGCCCUGAAAUCGAUGAUGCUGAUACAACUCCACCUGUAACAUGCCCGGAUAUGCAAACAGGCUCCAAUGAUGAUCUUGUUGACCCAACAACUAGCCCCUCCUCUCAAUCCAGUAUUCCAUUCAGUCGUACCCGAAUCGCUUCAGCAGAAAUUGACAAACCCUUUCGUAAAUCUCGCGUGAAGACACCCUCAUAUUCGCCUUUAUUGUCCAUCCCCAGGCAGACAAGCACACCCCCACCCACCCCAGAGGAUGUCCCUUUAAAAGCCACAUUGGUACAUAUAGAUACCUCUCCCACUGAGACGCCACCAGAAACACCAGAGCGAACGGCGGUAGCUCUGAGCACAGAGGUGUACCAACCCUCUACGUCACUGGAUGAAAUAGAAUCAGAGCGUCUCGACGGGACAGCAGACAGUAGCAGUCAUCCUGAGGAAAGAAGGGCAUCGACAAACUCGGGAAACACCCAAGAUGACCGCAGGGUGGGGGAGGAUGAUGAUGGUUUUCUGGGAGAUGAAGAUGCAGACAAGAACAGUGAGGGUGAGUUAGAGUCAGACGAAGAAGAGCUGCUGAGAGUGAUGGCUCGUUGUAAUCCCAUUUUUAUCACAUUUAGUAAGUGAUGUCACUAUGAUAUCGCAGGCGGGCGACAGAAGAUGGAGCAGGUAAGACGAAGAUGGAGAAAUCAUGGAGAAACAAAG